AUUAUUACGAUCGGCGUUAUUGCAGGUCGUUUAUUAUAGAAUAUACAUGAAAAUAUAUAUUUAUAUGAAAACAAUUAAAGGAAAUAUAUAAAACACAGCGACAAAUAAGAAAUGAACUUAUUAUGCAACUCUUUAUGCAACUUGCAAUUUUGAAAAAACUAUUGCAUGCCGCACCUCUUGUCAAAACUGCUAUGAUCGGCUUUUCUUACGUCGCGUAUUGUAAAUACAACUUCGGACGAAUAAUCACUUUUUGGCGACGUAAGAAAAUUCACAUAAAUGUUGUCAAAUCUACUGUGAUUAAUGUCAUCAUUUAUAACAUGAACCAGAGAAAUCCCCCGGUUCAGUCAAAGAACAAAUUACGGAAGAACUUCUCGAUACUGUCACUUGAUAGAAACUACAAAUCAGGAAUAUCAUGUGUAUCAGACGCUACAAAAAGAGACGCCGCAAGUUUCAAUACAGCUUCGUCGGAAGAAGAAGACAGUAAAUCUGUGAUCGAUUAUUGCAAAUCAUCCAUUCGUACUAAAACGGCUUCUAACGCGAGUCUUUCCACGAGAAAGUUGUGGAAUAAUGCUUCGAGGACGCUCAGAAACUCUGUCCCCAAAAACGAUGUGAUCGAAGAAGAAAGCGAGCUGAUUGAUACGAUAACGAAACAGCUGCACCUGGCUGAGUCACAGCUGCGGACAAUGCAAGGCGUUUUAUCAAAAGCCGAAGAGAGUCUGCGAACUAAAGAUACGGAAAUCGGACGCUUAAAGCGGAAGGUCAAGGAAUGGGAAAAUAAAUAUAAAAGUCAGGAGCUUUUGCGAAAGAAAGAGCUACGCACUCAGGCUACCAAUUCCGAUUAUUUCUAUCAACGAUGUCUAACAUUGGAACGCAAGAUUAUCGAAAUGGAGAGAUUCUUGACUGAUUACGGACUGAUAUGGGUAGGUGAUGUAAAAAACCCGACGACAACGACGACGACGACGACGACGACGAUGACGACGACAGCGAACGACAUUGACGGUAGCAAUGAUUAUAUCAACGCUUAUUACGAUCAGCUUGUAGCGAAUAUCGAUCAGUUGAACAUUGCCGCGGGAAAGGGCGAAGUUCAUAUACAUCAUAAUGAGAAAGGACGAGCCACUUUUAAAGUAACACACUUUACAACGCAUUUGUACACGCUUCUACAUUUAAUACAACAAAAUGCAAAAUAUUUCGAAGUAAACCACGAAAUUGCAUAUGUAUUUAUAAUCAAUAAUUGUCGGAAAAUUUCUUUGUGCUUUCAAAUGAAGACCCCGUCCUGCAUGUCAUUGAAAUUUUAUAAAAACGGUAUGACCGUCAAAGGAGGACCGUUGCGGUCUUACGAUGAUCCGACUGUUAAUUCGUUUAUCCGCGACAUUUUGGAUGGAUACUUCCCUUCUGAGUUGCAACGAGAAUAUCCCGAAGGGGUGCCUUUCAUGAUAGAGGAUCACAGAACAGAAGUAUAUGCAGGCAACUUUGGUAGCUUUCCUGGUCACGGAUAUCGAUUGGGCAAACAAUCUCCAGAUAAUCUGUUAUCCACAAAUUCGCGCUGGUCGAAUAUUUCUCAAAAAUCUGGAAGUUUCAGUCAUUUAUCCAGAGAUAGUGCUUGCAAUUCCGAAAACAUUCCGCUUUUAUCUCUUCCAACAAGCCGUUUACUGAAGUCCAAAGCCUCGGAAACAUCAUCUCUCGAUUUAUUCUCUCUUCGAUCGCAGAUUUUAGCCUCGCACAAUAACGCGUGCUCUCAUUCGCAUCUCCAGUCUCACAUCAAUGCUGAAUUGGUACGCAGCAGUCGUGAAAAGAAGAAAGAAGUGGCUACGAAAAAUAUAGAAUAUAUGUUGACACGUGAAUCGCUCAAAUGCAGAGAUACCACAAGAUCGUUAAACAGACCAGCAAGCAGCAACAGGAUGAGAUAUCAUUGUUCCUCUGACAGAUCUUCUAGGUUUUUCCCUAAACAAAUACACCAAGCAACAGAAAAUAAUCAUCGGCUGCGUUCGAGAUCUGCUAGUUUGUCCGGAAGACGAUUGGAUUUUAACUUGCAGUCAAAGUCAUCGGAAAUAAAUAAUACGGGCCAGCUAAAACUUACUAAUAUUGUCGGACAUUCCACGACGAAAUAUCCUCGCGGUUCGAAAUCAGCUACUUGCGCGAGAAAGAGUACGCCGCCGUUAUUACAUCAGAUUAAUGAGGCAACUGGAAAACCUGAUGAGUUGCGACUGAAGAUUAGAUCAUUAACCGGUACCAUUGUAUAUCUAGUGCACAUAUCUGCUGAUGAGUCAGUGACAAAAUUAUACGAAUUACUUAAUAAAAUGCAAACACCCGGACAGAAAGAAUACAAAGUAGUUUUAAGCGGAUAUUCACCGAAGAAAUUGGCACGAUCUAAUAUAUCUUUGAGAGAAAGUGGGAUUAGCAGAGAUUGCGUUCUUCAUCUUGUUAACGAUUGAAUGUUUAUCAGCUAAUUACAUAAAUAUAUCAAUCUUAAGUAUGUUGUAUGUGACAAGAAUAUGUAUGUUAAAAUAGUAAAUUUGAAGUCUUUAAUAAAAUGCCUCCGAUAAAUUUCAAAAAGAACAAACUCUUUUAUUUAUA